CUGUACUCUAUAUUAGCAAGAUUUUUUUUUUAUAACCGAAGUCGCAAGUGAUGCUGUGAAACCUUGUGCUUCACUGUCAUGCACUUUGUCAGUUUCCGUCGGGCAUCGCGAGAAAAAAAAAAACUGUCGAAAAACAAAAAAGUUUCUCUUUCCGAUAUAUCAUUCUUUUGUUUACUGGGUCUCUCUCUCUCUAGAGAAACUAUCACACCGUUUUGAUUCUUCCGCUAAACUCUCGCCGUCGGAUAAACUUUUCGCCGGCGACCCUUUAAAGUAGAAGACCUUAUCUAUACUCGAUUUCUUUCGUUUGAGUGUCUUAGUUAAAAAGUUACUCCCUUUCUGGGAAUUCUCUGGUUUCGGUUCUUGCAAUUUUUUCGGUGGUUGUUUGGUAGCUGUGAAAAUUUCUGUGUCUGGGUUUGUUUGUUUCUGUUUGUGUAAUUGCUAACUAGAUUUCUGGGUUUGGUUUGAUUUAUUGAAAGUUGGAAGGGUAAUAAAAGAGACGAAAAAAAAAGAGAGAGGAAAGUGUUUGAUGUUUUGCAUCUGAUUCUGAAUCGAUUAAUCUCCAAAGUCAUCAUUUUUAUUAGGAAUAAAGUUUGGAAGAUUACUUGCUUUCCUUGGAGUGAGAUUUUUCUGGGUUUUCUAGGGUUUUAUUUUGAUUGAAUUUAAUGAUGGCGGAGUCUACUGGGGUGGAUCGUGGGAUUCAGAGCUUGAUAGCUGCUAGAAAGUCUUUAAAAUUGAGUCUUGAGAAAUCAAAAGCCAUUGGGUUAGCUUUGGGUAAAACUGGUCCUAGGUUUGAUGAGAUUGAGCAGAGAUUGCCGUUGCUUGAAGCUGCGGUUAGGCCGAUACGAGCUGAUGGAGAAGCUCUCAAGGAUGUUGGUGGUAACAUUAACCGAGCUGUUGGUCCUGCAGCUGCUGUGCUUAAGGUGUUCGAUGCUGUUCAUGGACUUGAGAAGUCUUUGUUAUCAGAUCCCAAGAACGAUCUUUCGAGUUAUUUAUCGGUGUUGAAGCGGUUAGAGGAAGCUUUGAAGUUUCUAGGGGAGAAUUGUGGUUUAGCUAUCCAGUGGUUGGAAGAUAUAGUUGAGUAUCUUGAUGAUCACCAUGUCGCUGAUGAGAAGUAUCUUUCGAAUUUAAAGAAAUCUUUGAGAGGGCUUAGUGAAUUUCAUAAUGACCGUGGAGGAGGAGAAGAGAAAGAGAGAUCUCAAUUGCGUCUUGAUGGCGGGCUUAGGAAUGCUGCUUUAGAUAAGCUGGAAAACGAGUUCAGGAGGCUCUUGAAGGAUAACAGUGUACCACUUCCAAUGGCGUCUCCAUCAUCACUCGGUGAUCAGGCUUGCAUUGCACCGUCUCAGUUGCCUGUUACUGUAAUUCAUAAACUGCAAGCCAUUCUUGGGAGACUCAGAGCUAAUAACAGACUCGACAAGUGCAUUUCAAUAUACGUUGAAGUGAGGAGCUUGAAUGUUAGAGCUAGUCUUCAAGCACUUGACUUAGAUUAUCUAGAUAUCUCGGUUUCUGAGUUCAACGAUGUGCAGAGCAUAGAAGGGUAUAUAGCUCAGUGGGGUAAUCAUUUAGAGUUUGCGGUUAAGCAUCUGUUCGAAGCAGAGUUCAAGCUUUGCAACGAUGUCUUUGAGAGACUUGGUUUGAAUGUUUGGAUGGAUUGCUUUUCAAAGAUUGCUGCUCAGGCCGGUAUGCUCGCGUUCCUUCAGUUUGGGAAAACUGUGACUGAUAGCAAGAAAGAUCCAAUCAAGCUUCUGAAGCUGUUAGAUAUCUUUACGUCGUUGAACAAACUGAGAGCAGAUUUCAACCGCCUCUUUGGUGGAGCAGCCUGUAUUGAGAUCCAAAACUUCACAAGGGAUCUCAUCAAAAGGAUAAUCGAUGGUGCAGCGGAAAUCUUCUGGGAGCUUCUGGUUCAGGUAGAGAUUCAGAAACAAACCCCGCCUCCUAGCGAUGGUGGUGUUCCUAGAUUAGUCAGUUUUGUAACUGAUUACUGCAAUAAACUUAUUGGAGAUAAGUACAAGUCAACACUAACUCAGGUUCUGCUCAUACAUAAGAGCUGGAGAUCAGAAAGGUUCCAAGAUAAUCAGCUUAUGGUUGAGGUUUUAAGAAUAAUCAAAGCCAUUGAGCAGAAUCUGGAUGUAUGGAUGAAAGCGUAUCCGGAUCAAACGCUUGCGCAUUUCUUCGGUAUGAAUAAUCACUGGCAUUUAUACAAGAACUUAAAGGGUACAAAUAUUGGGGAUCAUUUAGGAGAUUCGUGGCUGAAAGAACAUGAUCAGUACAAAGAGUAUUACGCCACUGUCUUCCUUAGAGACAGUUGGGGUAAGCUUCCAAGCCACUUGAGCCGAGAAGGGCUGAUACUUUUCUCGGGUGGACAUGCCACAGCUCGUGAUCUUGUCAAGAAGAGAUUGAAAGCAUUCAAUGAUGCGUUUGAUGAGAUGUAUAAGAAGCAAGCAUCAUGGGUCUUACCAGAGAAAGAUUUAAGGGAUAGAGUUUGCCAGCAGAUAGUUCAGGCUAUUGUGCCGGUUUACAGAAGCUAUAUGCAAAACUAUGGGCCAUUGGUUGAGAAAGACGCGAGUUCAAGCAAGUAUGUGAGAUACACUGUGGUAGCUUUGGAGAAGAUACUCAGUUCUCUUUACAUGCCUAAGCCCAUGAGAUAUGGAAGCUUCAAAGGAACACCGCCAAGUGAGAAAUUCAAGAAUGAUGUUGACCUUAGGCGUACUACUUCUGCAGUUGUCUGAUUGAAGCCAUGUUCUGUUCUCGAAUGUUGUAUUAAAAUGUGUCCACAUUGGUAUGAUCUCCAUCUCCUGGAAGCAGAGGUAUUGUUACACGUAUAUAAAUACUGUCAAUCAGGUAUAGCUUUUAGUCAUUGGUCAAGUCCCUUUAGCUCAUUAGUUUCAUAAGACUUCAUGUUAGGGACCAAGCGGGUUUAGAUUAUUCUAUUUAAUGUAUUAAUCUGAAGAACAGGAUUAUAAAAUGUGGGAUUCCUAUAAUAUCGAAAGAAAAAUUGUCCCUAUAAAUCUUCUUGUUCUUAGUGUUGUGCUACAUUUGUAACUUUUAUUAAUUUUAAGACAAUAAAGGAAAAUUCAGCAAAA